CCUGAAUCCGUGUCCGUUUGUCCGUAGUGUCGUGUAUGUAUAAAUAAAUCAAUGCGACGGCCGCCGCUAUAUAUUUUCAAGAUCUCUCAAUCUCUCAUUUGAUUGAAAAUUCUGUUUAUUUGCAAAGUGUUACAAAAGUUUUAUUAUUUAUAUUUUAUUUACAAUCUAAAUGGAUUCUUAUAUAAUGCAGAUUCGGCGAGUGUGGCUUAACCAAGACGGGGAGGCAUUGGCGGAUCUCUUGUCUCUACGACAUAAUCAUGUUUCGAUACCUCAAAUUGGUAACUCAGAAACUGCCUUGAACAAGGCCAUGGAACACUUAUCCGCACCAUUAGACGACCUGGUACUUUGCCACUUGAGAGCUGCAUCUGCUAUGAACAAGAACGAUCCGUUGGUAAUGUACAACUAUCAGAGCUCAGCUGUGCAAUGUCUUGCAAAGAUUCUACAAAUGCAAAAGGAGGAAAACUGGAUGUUGCCAGUAAUGAACGUAAUGUGUCUGGAGCUAAGAUUAUCGGCGAUAGGUGCAGAAAAUGUUAAAAACAAUAAAAACGUAAAGCCUGGUGAAGUUCUAGAGAAAUGUGCAGAGUGCUUGAUGGCCUGUUUCCGAGUUUGCGCGGCUGACAGUAGAAGUUCAGAAGAAGAUACAAAACGAUGGGGAAUGCUAGCCUUAAUCAAUCAAUUACUGAAAGUAUAUUUCAGAAUCAAUAAAUUACACUUGUGCAAACCUUUGAUACGGGCCAUAGAAUCAUCCCCUUAUAAAGAUCACUUUGCAUUGGCUCAACAAAUUACUUACAAGUUUUUCGUUGGCCGGAAAGCCAUGUUUGACAGUGAUUAUAAAAUUGCCGACGAGUAUCUGACUUAUGCGUUUGAGCAUUGUCACAUACAGUGCUCAAAAAAUAAGAGAUUGAUCUUGACUUAUCUCGUUCCUGUGAAGAUGCUCCUGGGAUAUAUGCCCAAGCAAAGUGUCUUGGAAAAGUAUAAUUUGAUGGAGUUUUGGGAGCUGAUGGAAUCUGUAAGGAAAGGAGAUUUACGUUCUCUGGAAGGAGUAAUGGCAAAACACGAAUCUUUCUUCAUAGACGCAGGCAUAUAUCUAAUUGUGGAAAAACUCAAGCUGAUCGCUUAUAGAAAUUUAUUCAAGAAAGUAUACUUGGCGUUGAAUACACAUCAGAUACCAGUGCUGAGCUUGCUUGUGGCGUUACAGAUGUAUGGGAUGGAAGAUAUAGAUAUGGACGAGACAGAAUGUCUUCUUGCCAAUUUAAUAUAUGAAGGCAAGAUUAAAGGCUAUAUAUCUUAUCAGCAUAAAAAAUUAGUUAUAUCUAAACAAAAUCCUUUUCCAUCCUUAUCUACCAUUAUACCGUAAACGAUCGUAAUUGUAAUUGCGCUGAUAUUUUCACAAUAAAUAUAUUAUUAUUUUCUACAA